ACCGAAAAAAAACAAAACAAACACAAGAAAAUACUACAAACACUUGCUCUAUGCCGACUUUGAUUGUCAACUUCCAUGCAGGGAAACAGUUGCCGCACUGUUCUCGUAUCAGCACAACCCUGCCGAACGCAAUCGCCCUGCAACGCAACCCUGCCGGGCACGUACGCUCACAUGCUCGGAACAAUCUCUCCCGGUGUGCUUAUCGAAACAGUGGGUGUUGUUGUGUCUUUUAUACCAUUAUACCGCAUCAGGUACGCUGGAACCGCUCAGAACCGUGACAAUAUACACUUGUACACACUGAUAAAUUGAACUGAUUGAUAACGAUGUUAGGCACUUCGGGUGUCGUGCGCACGAGCUGCCGCAGUGCCCGAACGGGCAUACUUGGGUGCCUAGUUUUGGAGCGUAACUGCCCCAGUACGGUCCGUGGAGUCCCCCGGGGACCGACUGCAACACCAUGUACGGAAAAUACUUCUCCACCAAGCGCGAUAUCUUCUGGGCAGUGGUUGUGUUUUGCUGCAUUCUAGCGCUUUAUCUCUAUCACAAUCAGCUGUCGGAUCGGCUGGAAACACUGGAAGAGUUUAAGCGAGUACAUCAGGCGGAGCAGCGGCGCACUGUGCAGCGUGAGGUCGGCUUUGUCGUGCCAGCGUAUCAAGUGGUCCAGUACGAUGCACACUACACGCCGGUACCGGACGAUGGGUGGAUCGAGACACUGCCCGGUGAUAUGGGCAAGCCGGUGACGCUGCCCGACAACAUCACCGAGGAGGUCCAUCAGCUGGUGAGGCAAGGGUACGACCAGCAGGGUCUGAACCAGUACGUUAGUGAUCUGAUACCGGUGAGGCGCCGGUUGCCCGAUCUGCGCGAUCCCUGGUGUACAGCGGAGCCACGACUACUUCCCGAAUUACCGCAGGCGUCCAUAGUGAUCGUGUUCUUCAACGAAGCUUGGUCGGUGCUGGUACGAACCGUUCAUUCCAUCCUCGACCGGACGCCGCACGCGCUCAUCCGUGAGAUCAUUCUGGUGGACGAUUUUUCCAAUCUUGCUCAUCUACGUACCCAGCUGGAUGAGUAUUUUAGCAGCUAUCCGCUUGUACGCAUCCUGCGAGUGCCUAAACGCCUCGGCCUGAUUCGAGCCCGGCUGCACGGUGCCCGGAAUGCGUCGUCCGACUUUCUCACCUUCCUCGAUGCGCACUGCGAGUGUAUGAACGGGUGGCUCGAGGGGCAGCUGGACCCGGUCGUUCGCGAUCCGCACACCAUCGCACUGCCAACGAUCGACUGGAUCGAUGAGAACAACCUGAAGCUGGUCAGUGACAAGGCGCCCGUGUUUUACGGUGCGAUGGGCUGGGGACUGGACUUUGAGUGGCGUGGCCGCUGGGAUCGCGUGCACAAGCCGGACAACAAGAUGGAACCGUUCAGUACGCCGGUGAUGGCCGGUGGACUGUUCACGAUCCAUCGGAAGUUUUUCGAGUGGCUCGGCUGGUACGACGAGGGCAUGGAUGUGUACGGGGGCGAGAACAUUGAGCUGUCGCUGAAGGCUUGGAUGUGUGGUGGCAGAUUGCUGACGGUACCGUGCGCCAGAGUAGCUCACAUUCAGAAGACGGGACAUCCGUAUCUUAAGAAUGUAAAAACCGACGUCGUGCGUGUCAACUCGGUUCGCGUAGCGGAGGUGUGGAUGGAUGAAUACGCCGACGUCCUGUACGGGAUGUUCGGAGGACCAGAGUUCCGCGGGAACUUCGGGGACCUUUCCGAGCGCAAACAACUGCGUAAGGAUCUACACUGCAAAGACUUCCACUGGUACUUGCAGAACGUAUUUCCGGAGAUAAUGGAAGAUCUCGCCAAACGUCCCGGACGGGGAAAUUUCGAAAACGACGCUUUGAUAGGGUCGGAACCCGCCCUCUGUCUCACGUACGCCGAGCCCAACAAUGUCGUCAGUAUGACGCCGUGCGCGCAGGGGAAUACAGCGCAGCAGUGGAUAUUCAGCUUGUACGGAGAAAUCGGCACCCACAAUCACUGUCUGGACUACGACGGGAACAUGCUGCUGGUGUACGGUUGCCACAAAGCGCAUGGCAAUCAGGAGUGGACGUACAAUGCUACCACGCUUCAGUUCGAGCACAAGAAGUACAAGGGCAAGUGUCUGGGGCUGGACAUGGCAUCGAAGAAGGUUCGCAUCGAUGGAUGCAGCUUGUCGGAACAAUCUCAACGGUGGCACUAUCCUGCCAUAGAACAUAAGGUGUAGGGGAGUAGUGAGGUUAUUUGAGAAGUUUUUGGGUCAUUUGUUGAUCUCUGUUCUGUUGAAGAGUAAUGGACAUUAGCUUUACUAUUUCUUCGUUUGAUGAAGAUGUCACUGAAACCAUCUGUUCAUACGGAUGAAGGGAUCUACCACACAUCACGAUCAUCUCAUCAAGUCACGAUAACUACGUUACUCAGUAUUCAACUGUACUAAUAUGCACCGACAAGUACUGAGGGGUCUCUAGCCAGAACAACAGUUGUGUAAACAAUUGUGCAACCCCUCAAUAAAGCAAUUGACGUACAA